AAAACAAAAAAUAAAAAAAGUCUGAGAGAGAGAGAGAGAUAAAGCUGGCACUAAAACCCGAAAGUCGACUGCUCUUUGGCCCGGCGGCAACCGUUGAGAAUUUGAUUGCUCCUAUUCUCCUUUUGAAUUUCCUGAGUUAUCGGAUAAAAUAACAGAGCCACGUUGCUAUUGCUCCCCAGUUACUCUCAUAGACAGAGCUUGACACUAUGCAAAAUUCCUUUGCAUAGUUAUUAGAAAGCCUUACAGAAUUCUUUUACCUCAUUGUAUUUUCAGUAGUAAGAUAUCAUAAACUAAAUGUCACUUAUAUGCUCCCCAUCUUCCAUAGCUCCCUCCUCCUCUUCUAACAAAGCAAAGAUUUAUUCUUUGAAAUCCAGGGGAAGGCCUUCUAUAUAUCCAUGCUUUCCCCUUGUUCAUCACAAAGUUCUUUGGGGCAUCACUGAAGGUAAAUCUGCAGUUUUCAGAAGCAAACCCCAUGGUACUUCAUUGUCCACUGCAAGAGAUUGCAUAAAAAUUAAUAAUCAAUCCACUGAAAGAACCAAUCCAUCUUUUGAUUGGAGAGAUCAAGGACAAGAAGAAAUUGAAGAUACUGGGUCAACAUGGGAAGGGGCAGUUAUUUACAAGCGCAACCCUUCAGUUUCACAUGUAGAGUACUGCACAACAUUAGAGAGGCUUGGGCUAGGAGAGAACUCAACUGAGGUUUCCAAGUCUAGCGCUUCAGUGAUGGGUUUACGGGUCACAAGAGCUGUUAAGGAUUAUCCGUUUGGAACACCUGUUCAGAUUUCAAUCGACGUAAUAAGAAAGAAGCAAAAGUUGAGGCUUGAUGGGAUCAUCAGAACAGUCCUCACUCUUGGUUGCAAUAGGUGUGGUGAACCUGCUGCCCAGAGUGUAUACUCCAACUUCUCACUUUUACUAACUGAAGAACGCAUUGAAGAGCCUGAGAUUAUCAGCAUGGGAGUGCUCUUUGGAGACGAGAAAGUCAGAACUUCUGGGAGUAGUGAGGAAGAAGAGGAAGAUGAUGAAGCAUCAAUUGAUUUGGAUGACCGGCUUUAUUUUCCUCCUGAAGAAAAAGAAAUUGACAUUUCAAAGCACAUAAGAGACAUGGUGCAUGUGGAGAUUACCAUUGAUGCAGUAUGUGAUCCAAGGUGCAAAGGUUUGUGUCUGGACUGUGGUACAAAUUUAAACACCAGUAGUUGUAAAUGUAAGAAACAGAAAGUGAAGGAAAAGUUUAACGGCCCUCUUGGAAAUUUAAGAAAGCAAAUGCAGCAAAAAUGAUAUGAGGUGAGGUGAUAUGGAGUACCAUUUAAGUUACUUUUGUGGUUCAGUGUAAGGUCCUCUCCUUUCUAAUGAUUUCCAAGCUGUCGGUUUGGAGAACCUUUAUAUCCCAUGUUUAUAUGCAAGGUUUCUAUAAUUGCUGAACACCAA